AUGAACAACGAGCAAUUCCGCCGCCUCCUCUUCGACAACAACAAAUCAACCAAACCCCAGAGCGCAAGCCCGACGGGCCCUUCACCAACAGGAAAACAUGGCGCUUCUUCUUCACCGCAGGGUGCUGAAUCCCAUGGCAACCAGACACCAACCGCGGCGCAGGCAAUGCUAGGCUCGCGGAUGCGCUCGAGUAUCCCCAUGACGCCACGAACCCUAACAGCCCCCAACUUCGCCUCCCAGCUAGCCGACUACCGCCGCGAGCGCGACGGCCACCCGCCGCCAACGAAGAAAUUCAAGGCCUCCGCCGCGCCGAAGGGGACGAAGUUACCUGCUGGGUAUGAAGACCGCGCUGCGGCGCGCCUACGCGAGGACGAGGGCGGCAAGGAUGCUGAGAGCGUGGCGAAGCUUAGGGAGUUGGAGGAGAGGUUUAAGAAGGGGGUUAUUGAUGAGGGGACAUUUGUGAGAUUACGCAGGGAGUUGGGGGUUGGUGGGGAUUUGGGCAGUACGCAUAUGGUUAAGGGGUUGGAUUGGGAUCUUUUGAGGAAGGUUAGGGCGGGGGAGGAUGUUGAGAGGACGGACGAGGUGGAAAAGGAGGGUGAAGAGCGUGAAGAUGACGCUGAGGUUGAGGCUGAUGGCGGUGCGGGUGAGGAGGAGGUCGAUGUGGAUGAGGAGUUUGAUAAGGUGCUUGAAGGGGAAGAGGGUGGGGUGCUUCCCUCCGCGCCGAAGGAGAAGGGAAAGAAGAAGGGGAUUAUGGCGCCGGCGCCGGCGCCUGCUGUGAAUCAGAGGAAAACGCGCGAUGAGAUUCUACGGGAGUUGAGGGCAAGUAGGGCGGCUGCUUCUGCUUCUGCACCUGCACCUGCACCUGCGCCAGAGUCGGCAUUGGGUGCGCGGUUCAAGAGGAUUGGGGAUUCUAAACCCGAGAAGAAGCGGUUCAUCGAACAGGACGAGAACGGCCGUCGGAGAGAGGUUCUCCUUAUUACAGAUUCUGAUGGCAAGACGAAGAGGAAGACGAGAUGGCUGGACAAACCGGGGACGACGGCGCCUGUUACAGCUCCAGCCACUACCGGCACUUCAGCUCCUGAAAAAGAAAAGGAUGCAAAGCCCAAGCCUCUUGGAAUGGAGGUGCCGGCUGAUAUUGCCGCUCGGAUCAAGGCUGCCCAGAAGAAUGUGGAAGACGAUGAAGACGACGAUAUCUUUGCAGGAGUAGGUGCUGACUACGAUCCUUUGGGCGGCGCCGGAUCCGACGAGGACUCAUCUGACUCAGAAGGAGAAGAAGAAGGCGAAGUGGCACCGAAAACGAAACCACAGCAAGAAGCCAAGACAGAGACAGCAGGAGAACCGACGACGACUGCAGCAACGGUCAAACCUCGGAACUACUUCGCAACGAGCACUACCGGAAAGGAACACGAGCAGGUGGAGAGUGACCGUGACCGCACAAACCCCCUAACCAAGGACCCGACCAUCCUCGCCGCGCUCAAGAGAGCCGCCGCAUUGCGACAGGCCGGCGAACGCUCGGAUCAAAUUGCCGACGACGAAGAAGGCGUCGACAAGGAGACGCUCCUCCGACGCAAGAAGUUCCUGGAGGAAGCCAAGCGGCGAGAAGCACUCGACGCAAUGGACCUGGACUACGGCUUCGGAGGCAGCCGGAUUGAAGAUGACGAGGAUGAAGACGCUGUCGUUUUGGAAACGGAGUCGCGAGGGGGGAACAAAAGGAAGCGCGGCCCGAAGAAGAGAAAGGGGGAUAAGGACAGCGCGGCGGAUGUGUUGGGCGUGUUGGAGGGGAGGAAGAAAUGA